UCCGUGCAGCGAAAUCCAGCGGAGGACGUGGAAGCGCCUCACUCUGAAUUUACGUCACAAAAAUAGAUUAAUUUUUUGGAGGGGUAAAAAUCCGAACAAAGGAGGCGUGUAGAGCCAGCCGCGCUCGCGCUUCGGUCGCACACGAACGGCGACGAUUCAGAGAACGGGCGGUCGUGCCUCGAAACCGAUCCAAGCGACCCCCCCAACCCCCCUCCGCGGGAGCGAGCACGUUGACGUCAGCGCGCUCCUGGAAAUCCGCACCUCGGACCGGGGCGCCGAUUCACAUCCGCGCGAGCAAGUUUAGGGGCUGGAGGGGCGACGGUCGGCUACAAGUGCGCGGCUCGGCGGGCUGAAGGAGAGCGGCGCGCGGGGACGUCUCGAGCUGUCACGGGGGACGCGAGUCGCGAGAGUCCUGUUCCACUCCGGGGCUCGAGCCUCCCGACAUGGAUAGAGUUGUAACUUGUUUCUUUGCCGCGGUCAGUUUGUUGCUCUCAGUUAGAGGACACGCUUUUAAAGGUGACUGUGAUUUUGAGAAGCCCUACACAGCUUGUGGGUACAGCCAAGGCAAAGAUGAUGACCUGGACUGGGAGCAGGCCAACACCAGAGAAAAACCUUCGUCGGACCCAUGGAUGCCUUCAGGCUCAGCCUUCAUGAUGGUGAACACCUCGGGCCGCUCCGCAGGCCUGAAGGCGCAUCUCCUGAUGCCGCAGCUGAGGGAGAACGACACCCACUGCGUCAUCUUCCAGUACUUUGUGUCGGGCUGGGAGGGAGCCGUGCCGGGGCAGCUCAACGUCUACAUCAAGGAGAACAGCAGCCCGCUGGGCUUCCCUGUGUGGAACUCGUCCGGGCCGGCCACUCGAACCUGGAACCAGCUGGAGCUGGCCGUCAGCACCUUCUGGCCAAAUUUCUACCAGGUUGUGUUUGAAGUGGUGACCUCUGGAAAGCAUGGUCUGCUGGCCAUCAGGGACAUUAACCUCCUGGGCCACCAGUGCAUGAGUACUCCCCAUUUCCUUCAUAUCAAAGGUGUGGAGGUCAAUGCAGAACAAACUGCUACUUUCCAGUGCACCGUCAACGGACGAUUUCAGGACAGCUACAACCUCUGGUUACAGGGAAUCGGGGGUCGGGAGGCACCGAUGAAAUCAACCAAGCCUUGGAACAACCGGCGCUUCAUAGGCAUUUUCGAUGUGGAGAACACCACCAAGGGCGACUCAGGACGCUACCGCUGCAUUGUCCAUUCAGGCAAAGGGGUCGGUGUGUCCAAUUACGGCGAACUGACGAUAAAACAACCUCCUGUGCCGAUCGCUCCGCCGCAGCUCACUGCAGUGGGGGCCACGUACCUGUGGAUCCAGCUCAACGCCAAUUCCAUCAACGGGGAUGGCCCCAUUAUCGAGAGGGAGGUGGAGUACCGCACCUUGUCCGGCAGCAUGUAUGACAUGCAGCCGGUGGACAAGACGACGCACAAGAUCGGCCACCUGGAUCCUGACACGGAGUACGAGAUCAGUGUCCUGCUCACCAGGCCCCUGGAAGGUGGAACCGGGGCCCCGGGCCCCCCCCUCCGAGCCAGAACCAAAUGUGCCGAGCCAAUGCACGGUCCCAAGCGCCUUGAGGUGGUAGACAUCAAGUCCAAGCAGGUGACCGUGCGCUGGGAGCCAUUUGGCUACAAUGUGACGCGCUGCCACAGCUACAACCUGACCGUGCAGUACCGAUACCGGGCCGGUGGCGAGGAGCAGACUCGCGAGGAGGUGUGUUACGACGUCAUGAGCCCGGCUCCUCAGCACACCAUCCGCAACCUGUCGCCCUAUACGAACCUCAGCGUGCGCCUGGUACUGCGCAACCAGGAAGGUGUCAAGGAGAGCCAGGAGCUGGAAGUGCAGACGGAUGAGGAUGUGCCUGGAGCAGUGCCUCUGGAGUCCAUCCAGGGAAGCACCUACGAGGAGAAGAUCGGCCUUCGGUGGCGUGAGCCGGCACAGACGUACGGCAUCAUCACACAGUAUGAGAUCUCCUACAAAGCUGUCAGCUCCUUUGACCCAGAACUGAACCUGUCCAAUCAGAGUGGCAAGGUGUUCAAACACAGCAACGAAACAUCCCACAUGUUCCUGGGACUUUACCCCGGCUCCACGUACUCCUUCACCAUCCGAGCGAGCACAAUCAAGGGCUACGGUCCUCCGGUCAGCACCCAGUUCACCACCAAGAUCUCGGCUCCCAGCAUGCCCGGCUACGAUCAGGAGACCCCCCUGAAUCAGACGGACAGCACGGUCACAGUCCUGCUGAAGCCAGCUCAGAGCCGUGGGGCCCCCGUCAGCGUGUACCAGGUGGUGGUGGAGGACGAGCGGCCUCGGCGUGCCAGAGACAAUCCGGAGAUCCUGCGUUGCUACCCGGUGCCCAUCCACUUCCAGAACGUCACGCUGCUGAACUCGCCCUACUACUUCACGGCCGAGAUCCCAGCCAGCAUCCUGCAGACACCGCAGCCCUUCAGUAUCGGUGACAACCGAACCUACAGCGGCUAUUGGAACGCGCCGCUGCUACCCCACAAGAGCUACAGCAUCUACUACCAGGCGGUCAGCAGCGCCAAUGGGGAGACGAAGAUCGACUGCGUGCGUGUCGCCACCAAAGCCGCCAUAAUUGUGACUCAGCUUACAACCCCCUACAUUCGCAUUGCUCCGGCGGCUGGUGACAACCAACUAACAGGGGCCGCGACCCGCAAGCCGGACGCCGUGGAACCCAAACAGCAGUCGGACCACACUGUGAAGAUCGCCAGCAUCAUCGCCGGCAUCUUGCUCUUCGUUAUCAUCUUCCUGGGCGUGGUGCUGAUCAUGAAGAAAAGAAGAUCCUAUCACUCCUACACUUAUUACCUGAAGCUGGCGAAGAAACGUAAGGAGACCCUGAGCAGCACGCGGCAGGAGAUGACGGUGAUGGUGAACUCCAUGGACAAGAGCUACACAGAGCAAGGCACCAACUGUGAUGAAGCCUUUUCCUUCAUGGACACACACAACAUCAACGGCAGAACUGUAUCCUCCCCGUCAUCAUUCACUAUGAAGACUAACACACUUAGCACGACUGUCCCCAACUCCUACUACCCAGAUGAGAACCAGACGAUGACCAGCGACACGAGCAGCCUGGUGCAGUCUCACAGCCACUCAUACAAGAAACGUGAGGCGGCCGACGUUCCCUACCAGACAGGCCAGCUGCACCCGGCGAUCCGCGUCGCCGACCUGCUGCAGCACAUCACGCAGAUGAAGUGUGCCGAAGGCUACGGCUUCAAGGAGGAGUACGAGAGUUUUUUUGAAGGGCAGUCUGCUCCGUGGGACUCGGCGAAGAAGGACGAGAACAGAAUGAAGAACCGAUACGGGAACAUCAUCGCAUAUGAUCAUUCCCGCGUCAGACUCCAGCCCUUGGAGGGGGAGCAAGGUUCGGAUUACAUCAAUGCAAAUUACAUUGAUGGCUACCACCGGCCAAACCAUUACAUUGCCACUCAAGGACCCAUGCAGGAGACAGUGAUUGACUUCUGGAGAAUGGUGUGGCAGGAGAAUACAGCUACCAUUGUCAUGGUCACUAACCUGGUGGAGGUGGGAAGGGUGAAGUGCUGCAAGUAUUGGCCUGAUGACACGGAGAUCUACAGAGACAUGAAGGUGACUCUCAUUGAGACGCAGCUGCUGUCCGAGUACGUCAUCCGGACCUUUGCCGUGGAAAAGAGAGGAGCCCAUGAGAUCCGGGAGAUCCGGCAGUUCCACUUCACCGGCUGGCCGGAUCACGGCGUGCCGUACCACGCCACGGGGCUGCUGGGCUUUGUGAGGAGGGUAAAGGCGAAAACUCCGGCCAGCGCGGGUCCCAUGGUGAUUCACUGCAGCGCUGGGGCAGGCCGGACCGGCUGCUUCAUUGUGAUUGACAUUAUGUUGGACAUGGCGGAACGAGAGGGUGUAGUGGACAUCUACAACUGCGUGCGAGAGCUGCGCUCCAGGAGGGUGAACAUGGUUCAGACGGAGGAGCAGUAUGUCUUCAUCCACGACGCCAUCCUCGAGGCCUGCCUCUGCGGAGACACCACCAUUCCUGCCAGCCAGCUGCGCUCAGUCUACUACGACAUGAACCGCUUGGACCCCCAGACCAACUCCAGCCAGAUCAAAGAGGAGUUCCGAACGCUGAACAUGGUGACCCCCACUCUGCGGGUGGAGGACUGCAGCAUCGCCCUGUUACCCAGGAACCAUGAGAAAAACCGCUGUAUGGACGUGCUGCCACCCGACCGUUGCCUGCCCUUUCUCAUCACCAUUGACGGCGAGAGCAGCAACUACAUCAAUGCAGCGCUCAUGGACAGUUAUAAGCAACCAUCCGCGUUCAUAGUUACCCAGCAUCCAUUGCCAAACACAGUGAAAGACUUCUGGAGGCUGGUGUUAGACUACCACUGUACAUCCAUCGUUAUGCUAAAUGAUGUGGAUCCAGCCCAGCUGUGUCCUCAGUACUGGCCGGAGAACGGCAUUCAUCGGCAUGGACCCAUCCAGGUGGAGUUUGUGUCGGCCGACUUGGAGGAGGACAUUAUCAGCAGAAUAUUCCGCAUCUACAACGCAGCGCGGCCCCAGGACGGUUACCGCAUGGUCCAGCAGUUCCAGUUCCUCGGCUGGCCCAUGUACCGGGACACGCCCGUCUCCAAGCGCUCCUUCCUCAAGCUCAUCCGCCAGGUGGAGAAGUGGCAGGAGGAGUACGACGGAGGGGAGGGCCGCACCGUGGUGCACUGUCUGAAUGGCGGCGGUCGCAGCGGAAGCUUCUGUGCAAUCAGCAUAGUGUGCGAGAUGCUCCGCCACCAGCGGUCGGUGGACGUGUUCCACGCGGUGAAGACACUGAGGAACAACAAGCCAAAUAUGGUGGACUUACUGGAACAGUACAAGUUCUGCUACGAAGUGGCUUUGGAAUACCUGAAUUCCGGCUAACCUCCCCUUUAAAGACCCCCACGCCUGUACAGAGACACAGACACGGACAGAGACAGACAGAGAGACACCGCUUUGGGUGCUGGGUGUCUGUGAGGGCCGUGCGACUCGUGUGACUCAUGUGAUUCGCUUCAUCGCGUCCCCUGACGGUUUGCUGGAGGGAUCGGACACUGGACCCGCUCACCCGACCUCCUGUCUGCGCAGCGCUGUUUCCUUCUUUCCAUACGUUCAGCAGGAGAGAGGUGUCCACAAUCCUGUGUCCUGCAGCAACCUCCCUCCCCCACCUACCCCCAAAUGUCCCACCCAC